GCCUGCGUCAGCUGAUUGAUCCCGCACUUUCAACACUCUUUGCGCCAAAAAUCGAACUGCGUGCGAUUGUGUGCGUGUUCAACUCCAAAUGUUUUUGGUUUCUUAUUAUUAUUAACAAAGAACAAGUGACCCAGAAAUAUGAGCGAAUCGCUUGCAGAAACUGCAGCUGCAGCGGAAAAUGAAGACCAGGCCGACGACUCGAUGGAAAAGCUGGAGUUCGACGAGGAAGACGAGCAGAUGGUCUCCGGCGAAGAUUUAUUGGGUGGCAAGAGUUUGAUGAUGUCGGAUGACAGCGAAAACGAAGAUGGAUCCCAGGAAAAGCACAGAAAGAUCUCACCCAAGGCCAGGCGCCGAAGGAUCCUGGACAGUGAUCAGGAGGAGGGCGCAAUGGAGCAGGGAAAUGAUGAUUCCCCAAGGAACAACGAAGAAGUGAAGGAGGAGGUGGUUUCUAGGCCGAAAACGAAGGUAUCCGGCAUCAUAGACUCGGAUAAUGAUGAAGAGCAGCAGCUGGGCAAGCAGGAGAAGAAGCCACCCGCCAAGAAGAGCAACAAAAAGAGAUCCCAGGUGGAUGACGACCAGGAGGAGCAGGAGAAACCUGCAAAAACCAAUAAGAUAAAGAAGGCGGGAAAGAAUAAGAAAGAGGCCCAAACAGACAAGGUGGAGGACAGCUCCUCCAAGGAGGAUAAACCAAAAAAAGGAUUAAAAAAUAAGAAACAGUUGGCUAAAGAACAUAAAACCGAAGCAGACGAAAAUGUCGACGGCCAUCAACAGCAUAAGACACCUGCUGGAACACAACAGUCCAAAAAGAUGGCCAGGAAACAGAAGCAACAAGAGAAUGAUAAGGAGGACAAUGUCACUGAAAAGGAGAAUUCGAAAUCUUCCUCGAAAACAAAGGCAAAAAAGUCCGGCAAAACUAAAAAGGAUUCCCAAAUAAACAAAGAGGAGGAUUUCCCAAUGGAAGUGGAAGACUUCAAAAUUGAUCAAAAAGAAGAUCACAAGUCAAAAAAAUCAGCCAAGAAAAAUAAUAAAAAGUUGGUCAGUGAGGGAUCGGAGGAGGUCACAGACCAGAAAGACCUGGAGCAAAAGAAGCCACCCAAGAAAAACAAGAAAAAUAAAUUGGAUAAUAUAGACAAUAUCGCGGAUAAGGAGCAGAUAGUUGAGCCGAAAAAGAUUGCAACGAAAAGCAAACAAAAGAUUCUGAGCGAUGACGAGUCAGAGGAGAAUCAGGAUGAAGAGGGCGGAAAGCAAGAUCUCAAAAUAGGCAGCGAUAUGGAAGACCAGGUUAUGCAGGAACCUCCCAAAAAGGCGAAGAAAAAGAAUCAACGAAUGGACAGUGACAGCGAGGAUGAAAUCCCGAAGGCCCACAGCGAGGAAGGAACCAGUUCACCCAAAAACAAAUUGAAGGGAUUGGUGGACUCCGAGUCUGAGCCGGAAGAAACUGCUGCAGAAGUGAGUCCCGUCAAAAACAAACUCAAUGGAUUGAUAGACUCGGAUUCGGAACCAGAGCUAGACAAUCCAGAUGAAUAUGCAGGAGAACAGGAAGCGCCCAGAGGAAGCACAGACUCCAAAGAGAAACCUAAGAAGCCCAAAGUUGUUCGAGAAUCAGCUAAGAAAGCGCUGAUGGGGAUGCAGGCCAUCCAAAGUGAACAGCAGCGUUUGCAUCGCGAGGCGCACAUUAAUGUGCCCUAUCACCAGCCGAAACCGAGGACACUGAAGGAGUUUCUUAACCGACGAACCGUCAACACUCCUCUGGCCACGGCUCUGGCUGGAGGCAGUCCCAUGCCCAGCAGGCAGCCAAGGAAGUCGGUGGGACUGCGGAUGACCAGGGAGGAUUUGGAGGCAUAUGCGAAACUUAUGGAGGACCGCGCCAAGGAAGCUACCGAGUUCUUCAAGUCUGAAUCAGAGUCAGAUGAGGAGGAUGAUUCCGACAACGAAGAGCCUAUGGAGUUAAAAGAUAAUCCAGGUGUUUUGGAUGAGAUGCUGGAUAAUCCAAAAACUCCAGAGCAGCCCAAGAACGACACAGAGGACUUGACGAGCCAAGUCGUUAUUGCGGAAUCCGCCUUGGGUGAAGCCCUACCAGAUGAUCCCGUUGGGGAAGAGGCAAUGGUGACAGAUUCUAUUACCGAAGAAGAACCCAUUGCAUCCACAGCUUCUGCAGAUGCACUGAAAUUCACUGAUUUUGAAAUUCAGCAAGAGAUUAACGCGAAAUCUCCGAGCAAAGUCUGUCUGAUUACAGAAGUGGUGGAACUGCCCAAGCUGGACUUGAGCACUAUAAACAUAACACCGCCCUCUAAGCCAGCCACUCCUAAGAUCAGCGAAGCUAUUCGCCGGCUGAAGAUUGAGAAAAGCUCUGAUGAGAGCCCUUCGCUGAAAGGCGAUCCCAACAUGGUUAUCGAUUUGGAAACAGGUGAUAUGUUCGCCAAAAAACCAACAGGUGUUGAUGAUCUGCUAAACCGUCUGAUGAAAACGCGGGAAGCUAAGAAGCACAAGACCACAGAGACUGUUAACAUCCUAAGCACUGAACAUGGCAAGCUGGAGAUGUCCAAGGUGAGCAUUCACCUGCACGAAGAGGAAUUCGCAAAAGAACCAAAGCCAGGAGCGGGUUACAUCAAAAUGCAGGAGCAUCUCAAAACUCUGAUCACUAGGAAACGCAUGGAGGACCUGCGCAAAAAGCAGGCUGAAGAACAGGAGAAAAUUGCAGAAGAGGAGGAGGAAGGCAUGGAUGUGGAUGAUGAGUACGAACCGGAAGAUAAACCUGCUUAUGCAGAAGUAACUAUAAAUGAAGAUGAGGAAAUCAUAGAUAAAGGUGAUAGCACUGCUGAGGACGAUGACGAUGCUGAAGAAAACAAAAUCGAUGCCGACGAAGAUCUCGAAACCGAUCCAGUUGAAGAUCUAGCAGAUGAGGAAAAUGGCAGUGGAAGUGAACAGGAAUGUGAACCCGACCCAGAGCCAGAAACGCAAACCAGGAAAAAGAACCGCAUCAUUAAAGCCUUCGAGGAUGACAACUCCGAUGAAGAUGAUCUCGACCUCCUGCAAACUCCGAAGCCAAGCAAUGUUACUCCCAUGACAGCGACUCAAUUGCAAUUAUCCGCCCACAAGCUUUUCGAUGCGGAGACCCGACGCACGGCCAGCGAUGAGGAGAAUGAACUUCUUGAUCUGUGUUCUGGUCAGUUUCCGCAGACCCAGAUAGUCUCCUCCGCCGCUCCUUCAGUUGAUACAGCGGUUAUUAGUCAGAUUCCCAUGACACAGUUUGCCGGCAGCAGCCAGGCAGCAGAUGAACUGGAGGGUCUGUGUUCAGGUACCUUUGCCACCCAGUUGCCAUCGCAAGCACCUACUCAACAGCCAGAGCCACAUGAAGAAUCCCUAGAAUCGGCAGCAGUGGCCAACAGAAUAGUAUCCAGCGACGAAGAAGUACAGGAGGAUGUCUUGGAAGUUGAUAAGCCAAGAAACAAAAAACUCACCAAGAAAAGGCCAAAGAAAAAGGGCAAAUUGGGCUUCUCGGAUGAUGAAGACAGCGAUGGUGCAGUUGAGGAAUUCGAGGAGGAAAGUGACGGAGAGCCAGUGGAGGAUAUUCCGGAAACCUUUGUAGACUACGAUUCGGAGGAAAAUGAAAUUGUUGUGGAGAUGACCAAGAAGGAUCGUAAACUACGAGCCGCCAACUUUGUGGACAAAGAAGCUGAGUUGUCUGAAUCCGAAUGGGGAUCUGCCGACGAGGACGAGAAGAACAUGGAUCAGUACGACAUUGAGUUGGGCGACGACGAUCAGUUUGAUCGUGAAAAACUGCGGCACGAGCUUGGUCAGAUACAUGCACGUAAAAUGAUGGAUCAGGAUAUCCGGGAAGUGCGCAAGAUCAAGGAGUUGCUCUUCGAAGAGGAAGAGGAGGGAGCGAACCGCCAGCGCCAAUUCCGUUGGAAAAACGUGGAAGCCGGUUUCAGUCUAGACGAUAAUCGACCUGAUAAUGGUGAAGGGAACGACGGCAGUGGCGAUGAGGAGAACGAGCAUCUGUGGCGAAAAAUCCGCUAUGAACGCGAACAGCUUCUCUUAGAGAAGGGUCUAAAACCGGAAGUGGCUUCACCGCUCUCCACUUCCGUGAUAAACACCAGUAACACUGGUAAUUCCAUUCGCCGGCUGAACAUAAUUUCCUCUAAGAAGACAACUGUGGAGGUGAAGAAGAGUUCUCCGUUCCUGAUCUCAAAAACAAUAGCUGGCAAACAGCAGAAGAGCGCAGCUCGCGGCUCCUUUCUAGUUCGAGACCAGCAGACGCUCACCAAACUGGCAGGACUCACAAAAGGAAGCUCCGUCGAUGUGGACGGAGCGGAGGGCUCUAUUUCUGUGAAGUCAGCGAAGGCCAAAAACUUUGUUUUCGCCACGCUAACGGAAGAGGAACAUGAGAAUCGGAAGAGAAAAGCAGCCGAUUUACUGAACAGCAGCACUGAAACGGGGGUAAACUUCAUGAAGAAACCAAGGAUGGAGCCGCGGAGAGACAAGUGUCUAAUAGAUCAGCUGCUUUGAUCGUUUCUUCUUUUACGCUAGGACACACCUUAAAUGUACAUUUCGAAAGUUAGACUGUUAAGUUAGGUAAUAGGAGU